AUCAUGAAACGACGCAUUUUCUCAGCUUUGUUUAUUUUUUAUUCAAUUUGUGUCCAUUGUAACGGUUACACUUUGUACGAAAUUGACGAAGAGUCUGGCAAUAAAAUUUUCUUCAUAGAUGCUUAUGAGCUCUCAGAUGACCCGAAUGCAAAUGAAGAAUACGGAUUUGAUGCAAAAAAGGACACAAAAUUUCUCUUGUACACUUCGAAAAAUUGGGAUGAACCGGAAAAUAUUGAAUUAUGCAACGAACAAAGUUUGCUUCAGUCGAGUUUUGUACCCGGAAAUCCAGUGAGAGUAAUUAUUCACGGAUUUCGUGACGGACCAAAUUCCAUCGUGAGUUCUGUCAGUCGUCAAGGAUAUCGAGCUCUUGGAAAUUUUAACGUCAUUGUCGUUGAUUGGUCCAAAGGUGCUGACACACUAAAUUACAUGCUGGCCAAAGACAGAAUUUACCGAAUUGGUCCCGUGGUUGCCGAAUUUAUCGAAUGUUUGUUGGAAACGUUCAAAGAUAAGGUUGCAUUGUCGGAUUUUUAUCUUAUCGGACACAGUCUGGGUGCGCAUUUGGCUGGAAUUGUGGGCAAAAAUAUGAAACAAGGAAAAAUUGCGGCAAUUUAUGGACUCGAUCCGGCAGCUCCGUUGUUCUCAAUUGACAAUCCAGAUAAGAGACUCGAUAAAAAUGACGCGGAAUAUGUGGAAAUAAUUCACACGGAUGGCGGUUUGCAAGGAAUGCGAGAACCCAUGGGUACGGCAGACUUUUAUCCGAAUUGGGGAAUCAAACAGCCCGGAUGCGGAAUGGAUUUGGACGGGGCUUGUAGUCAUCAACGGUCUGCUUAUUACUUUGGCGAGUCGUUGACGAGCGAAAAAGGAUUCUGGGCGGAUUUGUGUGAGAGUUACGAUGGGAUCAAGAAGAAAAAUUGCACCGUUGUCAGUGAAAAGAGGAUAAAAAUGGGAGGCGAACCGGGAAAUAAAGGAAAAGCAAAUGGAAUUUAUUACCUAAAAACGGGAAAAGAAAAACCUUUUGCUCUUGGAGACAAUUAAAACUGCUCUCUAACGUCAAGUGUGUGAUAUUUUUAUAAACUUUCAAUAAAAUUGCUCAAUUUAAAUUUUAAUUUUUGUUUCCCGUCAUGUUAAUUUUUUUUU